AUGGGAGUACUGAAUUCACACCAGACUAUCAAUGUCUCAAGGAGGCCUCCCCUCCCCUCCCAGCCCUGCAAGGAUGUUCUCAUCCUCGGUGAGGGUACACUCGAAGCUCGCCCUCCAUUAGCUCCAGUUGUGGGUAUCUACCUGAGAGAGAGAGACGACAUGGAAAUUGACAAUAUAACCGAGAAGGAAAUGUGUGUCAGCAGUGAUUUGGACCAAAACCAAGAGGAGGAGAGCAACAGGACCAGAUCCUCAGGCUGGCCGCCCCCUUCAGGGACCUGGAGUUCUUCACAGGGACCCCCCAAUGGAUGGGACAUGGGCGCCAAUAGAGAGGGGCGUGACUGCUACAUCAACCACGUCUCCCACAGCAGCUCCCUGGAGGAGAUUCGUCUGGACGGAGACAAGUUUGUGCCACCAGCUCCCCGGAAGGUGGAGAUGAGACGGGACCCAGUGCUGGGCUUUGGUUUUGUGGCAGGCAGUGAGAAACCUGUGGUGGUUCGCUCAGUCACACCAGGGGGUCCAUCGGAAGGCAAGCUGAUCCCAGGGGACGAGAUCAUCAUGAUUAACGAGGAGCCGGUCAGUUCCGCGCCCAGAGAGAGGGUUAUUGACCUUGUCAGGAGUUGCAAGGAGUCCAUAUUGUUGACCGUUGUUCAGCCGUACCCAUCACCGAAAUCGGCAUUCAUCAGCGCAGCCAAAAAGGCCAAGUUAAAGACUAAUCCUGUUAAAGUGCGCUUCGCUGAAGAGGUCAUCAUCAAUGGCCAGGUCCCGGAAACGGUGAAGGACAACUCCCUUCUUUUUAUGCCAAAUGUUCUGAAGGUGUACCUGGAGAAUGGGCAGACUAAAUCAUUUAGAUUUGACAGCAACACAUCCAUUAAGGACGUCAUCAUGACCCUGCAAGAAAAGCUAUCCAUAAAGAGCAUUGAGCACUUCUCUCUGAUGCUGGAGCACAGAGCUGAUGGAUCUGCCAGCAAACUCAUGCUCCUGCAUGAGCAGGAGAUGCUAAUUCAGGUGACACAGAGGCCAGGGGCCCACAAGAUGAAGUGUUUUUUUCGGAUCACGUUCGUCCCAAAGGAUCCUCUGGAGCUGCUGAGGAGAGACGCGGUCGCAUUUGAGUACCUCUACGUUCAGAGCUGUAAUGAUGUGGUAUUGGAGAGAUUUGGGUCAGAGCUGAAAUACGACACGGCCCUCCGUCUGGCUGCCCUGCAAAUGUACAUUCUAACCAUCAAUACCAAGCAGUCCCAGAAAGUUUCCUUGAAGUACAUAGAGAAGGAGUGGGGUUUGGCGUUGUUCCUGCCUCCUGCGGUGCUGUCUAGCAUGAAAGAGAAGAACAUCAAAAAAGCGCUCACUCACAUCCUCAAAACCAACCAGAACCUGGUGCCGCCUGGCAAAAAGCUGACUGCCUUGCAGGCAAAGGUCCAUUAUCUGAAGUAUCUCAGUGACUUGAGGCUGUAUGGAGGACGGGUGUUUAAAUCCACACUAAUCCAAGGCGAGAAGCACACAGAAGUGACACUGCUGGUGGGGCCCAAGUAUGGUAUCAGUCACGUGAUAAACACCAAAACAAACUUGGUGGCUCUUCUGGCGGAUUUCAGUCAUGUGAAUCGCAUUGAGAUGUAUACGGAAGAUGACCGCAGGGUCAGAGUGGAACUACAUGUCAUGGACGUAAAGCCCAUCACUCUCUUAAUGGAGGCUGUUGAUGCAAUGAAUCUGGCUUGUUUGACUGCUGGCUACUACAGAUUGCUGGUGGACUCGCGUCGCUCAAUCUUUAACAUGGCCAAGAAUACGGACAGCGUGGAAACAAGCCAUGCAGCGAGAGUAAAGCAGAACUACCAGGCCAUCGAGUGCACGUACAGCACACCUCACAAAGCCUAUGAGGACAGGAAUAACCAGAGGUGCAGCCACGAUUAUUCUGACCAAGAGUGCGAGUACCUCGACCAUGGGAGAUGUGAAAUGCAACCAGUCUACAUAACGGAGAUACACCAGGCCCAGCACUCGAUGCACAUGGCAGAGAGAGCGGAGUGCUGCAGGAUCCCGUGCUCCCAAACGUACCUCAACAUCCCCAGGCCCAAAUCCCAAGACUCUUCCAGGAGCGCAAAGGUCUCCUUCAUAUUUGGAGAUCCUCCCUUAGACAGUGUAAACCCCCAAAAUCUGGGCUACCAGAGACUGAUGGAUGAAGGCCCAGAGAUGCUAGACAAUCACACCCACAUGUACAGGCGUCUCGAGGAGGACUAUAGGAUGAUGGAUGCCAUAGAAGAUGGGGACGGGUAUCAGUACACCACCAAAAUCUUCAGUCCCACUGAAUGCAUCGAGGAGCCGCUGCUGCACGACAUCUGCUACGCGGAGACAACAGACGACGCAGAGGACGAGGAUGAGAUCAGCUGUGAGGAGGACAUGUUUGUGAGCGACAUAGACAAGCCUAUGUUACUGUCACUCUCGGGGUCCAGCGAUGACAUCAUUGACUUGACCUCCCUCCCUCCCCCACCAGAGGGUAAUGACGAGGAGAACAAUGACGUGCUGCUGCACUCGCUUAACCUGGCCAUCGCUGCUCCUCCUCCCGGCUUCAGGGACAGCUCUGACGAGGAGGAGCAGCAGCAGGGAGCCGGGACUCACGCCCAGGGCGGCCGAAAUGACAUCCCAGUGUCCCUCAUAGAUUCGAUGCCCCCCCACGGAGCCGAGGGCCCCGGACAGCCUCUGGACAGUGCGGUGGUGUCCACCUUACAGGCGCUGGAAGCCCUCGCUGCAUCCGAGGAACCGAGUCCAGCACAGUCAGAGAGUAGCACAGGUGUUGAAAUAUCACGAGCAUUUAGUCCCGAUUCCUCAGAUUCUGGCAACGAGACCAACUCCUCCGAGAUGACAGAGAGCUCCGAGCUGGCCAGCGCUCAGAGGCACACAGAGAGCCACCUGAGGAUGCAUGUCGCCACCACAGAAGGCUACCGGGCCAUGAGUGAGGAGAAGGUGGAAGCGGCUGCACAGAGCGAUGGCAGAACAGGAGCCGUGCAGUACAAUCCCCAGGAGCAUCAGGAGGACGAGGCAAAGUCCUCUGCCGCUGCCUCCUCCCAGAUAUUUCACUCAGAUGGUGGGGAGAUGGAGCCGGAGACAAUGGAGAUCAAAUCUGUUAGUGAAUACUUCUCUAAGCUGCACAUGGGCUCAGUAAUGAGCAGGCAGAGGGGAAAACAGAGGGAGGCAGAGAGCAGGGUGGAAGGGGAAGCCUGUGAAUCCCCUGAUAGGGUGCACUCAGCCAAAGAGGAGCCCACUCAUCUUGUUGGGAAGUAUAACGCUUUCACUGUGAGGGACUCCUAUUACAUGAAUCAACUUGAUCUGGGGCGAACACACUUUAAAGACAGGCAUGAAAUGUCUCCAGAAUGUGUGAGUGACUCGCAGGCUUCCCUCGUAGACAGGUUGACAGUAAAGGGAGAGAAACAGGACUCGGAGGAAAAAAGCCAAAAGGUAAAUACCCAUAUCCGCUCUCCAUCCAGAGGUCCCAUCUCUGCAGAGGGAAACGCCACCUCACAGGAUGUAGAGCAGCAGAAAUUUAAGAUUCCAGCCUCAGAGCAAGAAGCAGCGCGGUUAUAUGAGUACCACAUGAGCAAGCGAAUGUCGUCGAUACAGAGCGAGGGCGUCCAUUCCCUCCAAAGCUCACAGUGUUCCUCUAUAGAUGCCGGGUGCAGCACAGGCAGCAGCAGCUGUGCCACGCCGAUGGAUUCUCCCCUUUGUGCCACAGACAAUAUGCACGUACUGUCGGAGUCAUCGCUCAAGGGGAUGAGUUAUGUAGCCGCUGAGGAGAAAGCUCACGGGCCUCCAGGCCAGGGGAAGGCGGGUCAUCCCAUGGACCCCACCCUGCUGAGGAAGAUCCACGCGGCGACCAGUGCUGAGCCUGGAUUCACGAUCGCACGGGAUGGAAGUCACAGGUUGCCGAAGAUUAAAGAAACCACAGCUUGCACACAGCUGAAGAAGGCUGGAGAAGAGUCAUCUUUAGCUCUCUGUAAUGAGACCAGAACCACCGCCAACACCAUGUCACCAUCAUCAUUACAAAGUAGCACAGAGCCCAGCCAGCUUACACGGGCCAGCCCCGAACCCGACUCGUACGCCCUGGCUUCCCCCUCAGGCGGAUCUUCGUGUGAGCCCAAAGCCGGCAGCCUCAGGAAGCCACGCAGGGUUCGGAUGCUGAGGAGGAGCUGGAGCACCCUGAUGCCAGGUUCUAGGGGCCUGGAAGCACUGAUAGAGAAGACCAAAGCCACACUCACAGGGAAAAGUGGUGGUCAGAAUUUCCAGUCUCAAGAUGCCCAAAAAGUGCAAAGGAUAUUCGCUGCCAAAACCUUGCCCAAGAGCUUGUCCCAGGGCUCAAUCGCCACCUCUAAUCCAUCUGGUAGGGGGCUGCAAAGAGGAGCCUCCCCAGUGCUGCAGCCAGAGUCAACAGCGCAGAGGCUGGACGCUGGUUCCUGGAGGUGCCGUGGGCCGUUCAGUCACUGCUUCCUCAGGAGAAAGACAGAUAGUGAUAACGAAGGGAGAAAGACGCCCUCAGAUGCUCCGUGUUCUGCCAGCUCAGUUUCUUUCAUCCGCCCGGGAAACUCUAAGCGGAAAGCAGACCGUAAAGCUGAGAAGAGUGAUAAGGCUGCUGCUGCGAAUGACAUGAGCCUUAAAGCAAGGUUAGCUCGCGUAAAUUCAAUGAAGGGGAAAACCUACAGCCUUCACACAGGCUUCGCCCUUGCACGAAAGGAUGCCUUAGACAUGAUCAGUGUGUUGCGGUCCGGUGUGGGCCACUUGUCCCGAGGCGAGAAGCCCGAAGUCAACAAGGCCGACAUGGAGACCUUCUCCCAGCUGCUCACCGUGCAGGCCACUGUGCUGGGCGGCGCCUGCCGCCAGAUGGCCGUGGAGUACGGCAGCCCAGAAGAGCUGCUGCUCACUCUGACACACAGCUUCCACACACUCUGCUGCCUGACACAAGCCUGCAUGUCACUAGUGGAAGGCAUGAGCACCAAGAGAGAGCGGCGCGAGGUGGUGGCCAAGGUGGAAGAGGUCGUCAUGAACUAUGUGCAUCUGCUGAGAGCGGCCGAGGCGGCGUCAGGAGGCUCUCCCAGUGACCAGAGUGUGAAUGCAUUGACACAUCACUCUGCCACCAUGUCUGCUAUUAUAAACGCACUAAUUCACUCACUGAAUACCCAGCUCAACAAAUAA